AUGGAAGAAGACUGUGGUGUCCUUUCAUGCUGCUGCCAAUGCCUUGUGUUACAAGUCACUACCUUCGUCUUCUUCAAGGUCCCUUGUAAACUUGGCCAGAAGAUUAAGAAGUUUGCGAAGAGAAGAUGUGGGAGAACCUUGCAACCAAGAACGGAGGAGGAUGUCGUCAAAGAGGAGCGUUGGUAUGGAAAUGGGGUUGUGUUUGAAGAAGGCUCAUCAAGAUCUAAUUGCAUUGAAGUCACUGAGGGAAUGUUGUCGAUGAGCAAAGAGUUCGGUUUUGGAAGCUUCUGGCGCCAUGAAGAUCUUCUGACAUUGUAG